AUGGACGAAGAGAUUGACACUUUGCAAUCCCAGUACUCACGUUCGGGGAGGUCUUUUUUCGACGGCCCUUCUUCGAAUGCAGAGGCUGGGCACGAGGCUCCCAGCUUCCCCAAGCCGGUGGAUAGCCAUUCCAGUGGACGAGAUAAUUCGUCCGGACGCCAUUCACGUCGCGGUGGCUCAAAAUACGUUCCACUAGGAAGCGUUGGCCACCGCUUGAGUCCACCAAAGGAUGUGGUGGCGGCGGGAACACCUGAUCCGCCUCAAGGGUCGUAUCAGCUUGAUGUUCAGGAGCUGAACCGUGUAACGGAACAGUUGCAAGAUGACCUGGAUCAUGAACGGACUCGGCGUCAUGAGCUCCAUGAUCUUGUAAAGGAUAAUUACAAUUACUUAGCGCACGAUCGUUCGGACGAUCGUGCCACGUUUGCGUUUGCGCAACUUGAGAAUGAACGUUCGGCUCAUUCUCUACGUGACGAGAUGACUGCAGCUCGUCGAGACAUCGCUCAACUGCGUGAGCAGGUCUCUUCGCUAGUCGACCAGACUGGCUCGUUGAAACGGGACCACUCGAAGGUGGUCUCGGCUUUCGACUGCAGAGGUGUUCUUCGCAUCUCGAAAGGGGAUUGUACUGAUAGUACGGGCGGAGACGACCAAAGUAAAACGUAG